UAUUGUUUGGUCACUUUUAUUGUGAAAAUCAGCGAAGAAGAGGUACCGGAAGCAGUGUAACCGAGGCUAACAUGCUAACUCUUUCCGUUAGCAUAAGAUCCAGUCGGAGUGAACCAGCAGAGCCUGUAUGUUUGGAUAAACCUGUUGAAGCGGACUUUGUGUGAACUUUCGGGAUGUUUCACCGCAGACUCAUCUCCUGUUAGCCAAGAAUGCUAAAGGAAGUUAGCGCAGCUUGCUAGCAGGAAGUAGACGGAGACGGAGCUCGGCCUCACAGUGCUAGUCGGAGUAGCUUCGAUAGAGACCAAACUGUAUUUUUCACGGAGCCAAAGUGUCCAAAUGUCCAGACAGACCUGUCUGAAGAGACUCUGCGCUGUUCGCUUUAUUUGAAAAUGUUUAGCAUCUGAAUUAUCUCCCGGCGUCCUACGGAGCUAAUGGAGUUAGCUUAGCUUAGCUUGCUAGCAGGAAGUAGACGGACGCGAACGUGAUGUAACUUAGCAACACAGCGCGCAUCAGAGUGAGCAGACAGUUUUUAACGGAGUGAGUCUGGAGGAAAAGCUGCUGCGAAGCUGUGAAAAUGUUUAAAGUCCAGAACGAGGAGGAACUUUGUGGACAACGCAAACUACUGGACGCUGUUUUCCAGCCUGAAGUCCGGCUGCACAGAGCAGACGUCCAGCUGCUGUCAGUGAGUAAAGAAGAGGAUCCCCCUGAGCAGCAGGACUGGAGCCCCAGUCUGGACCAGGACCCAGAGCCCCCACACAUUAAAGAGGAACCAGAGGAGCUCUGGACCAGUCAGGAGGGAGAGCAGCUUCGAGGGCUGGAGGAGGCCGAUAUCAUCAAGUUCACAUUCACUCCUGUCCCUGUGAAGAGUGAAGAAGACGAUGAAGAGAAACCUCAGUCCUCACAGCUUCAUCAAAGACUAACUGAACAGAUGAAAACAGAAGCUGAUGGAGAGGACUGUGGAGGACCAAAACCAGCCAGGAACUCAGAUCCAGCUACUUAUGACAAGACGUCCGACUCCUCUGAACCUGAGACUGAUGACAGUUGUGAUUGGUUGGAGACCAGGGAACCUCAGUCAGGUUUAAACCCUCUGCAAAACAAUGAAGUACCUGUAAGUGAUCAGGACUGUAAUACUGGAAAAACAUCAAGUAGCUCCUCUGAAUGUGCUACAAGCUUUGGCCACAAUGGACAUCUGCAGGAACAAGAUGGACUCCAAACAGGAGAGAAACCAUAUAGUUGCUCAGUUUGUGGUAAAAGAUACCUCAGGAAGAAAUACUUAAGGACUCAUAUGAGACUUCAUUCAGAAGGAAAACGUUUCAGCUGCUCAGUUUGUAAAAAAACUUUUCCAUGGAAAGGCGAGUUUGUGAGGCACAUGAGAGUCCACACAGGGGAGAAACCCUUCAGUUGUUCCGUCUGUGGUACAAGAUUCAAUAGAAAGACAAAUCUGAGACAACACAUGAGAAUCCACACAGGGGAGAAACCCUUUAGUUGUUCAGUCUGUGGUACAGGAUUCGCACAAAGAUCAACUUUGACAUCACACAUAAGAAUUCACACAGGAGAGAAACCAUUUAGUUGCUCAGUUUGUAAAGCAAGUUUCGGUGACAGAAGGAUUCUGUCCCAACACAUGAGAGGACAUAAUGGGGAGAAACUAUUUAGUUGUUCAGUUUGUGGUAAAAAAUUUACACUAAGGGGAAAUCUGACCCAACACUUGACUAUCCACACAGGGGAGAAACCAUUUAGUUGUUCAGUUUGUGGUAAAGGAUUUACACUAAGGGGAAAUCUGACCCAACACUUGACUAUCCACACAGGGGAGAAACCAUUUAGUUGUUCCGUUUGUGGUAAAACAUUUGUACAAAAUCAAACUCUGAGACGACACAUUAUAAUCCACACAGGGGAGAAACCAUUUAGUUGUUCUGUCUGUGGUAAAGGAUUCACACUCCGACCAAAUUUGGCCCGGCACUUAAGAGUUCAUACAGGAGAAAAACCGUUCACAUGCUCAGUUUGUAAAACAAGUUUCAGUGACAGAAGCAAUCUGUCGCAACACAUGAGAAUGCAUACUGGGGAGAAACUAUUUAGUUGUUCAGUUUGUGGUAAAGAAUUUACACAAAGGGGAAAUCUGGCCCAACACUUGACUAUCCAUACAGGGGAGAAACCAUUUAGUUGUUCAGUUUGUGGUAAAGCAUUUGUACAAAAUGUAACUCUGAGACAACACAUGAGAAUCCACACAGGCGAGAAACCAUUUAGUUGUUCUAUCUGUGGUAAAGGAUUCACACACAGAUCAUCUUUGACGUCACACUUAAGAGUUCAUACAGGAGAAAAACCUUUCACAUGCUCAGUUUGUAAAGCAAGUUUCAGACUCAGAAGCAGUUUGUCCCAACACAUGAGAAUCCACACAGGGGAGAAACUAUUUAGCUGUUCAGUUUGUGGUAAAGGAUUUACAAAAAGGGGAAAUCUGACCCAACACUUGACUGUCCACACAGGGGAGAAACCAUUCAGUUGUUCACUUUGUGGUAAAACAUUUUCACAAAAGGGAACUCUGACACGGCACUUGAAUGUCCACAAAGGGGAGAAACUAUUUAGUUGCAGUGUUUGUGAUAAAAGAUUCACUCAGCUCGCUCAUAUAAAAAACACAAGUGUGCUGGUGAGAGCAGCGGCAGUAAAUGAAGCUGCAGAGAUGCUUGUUGAGCCGAUUCCUUCCUGCAGGAUUUGAAGUACUGAGGGCAAGACUUGGCUCAACACUGAUCAGUUCAAAACUGUGAUAGAGACUCCAAAAUAAGUCGAGCUUCAUCUUUUCAGCUGAGAUGAAGCCACGUGAUCAUUUUAAUUCUGUUUUUAUUUGUAUCUACAUUAUUUGGUCGUUUUCUGGGAACUGUGCUUUGUGGUUUUACAUGUAUUCAUUGAUUUAAAAUUGGCUAAAAGUGUUUCAUGUCGCCUGUACAGCACUAUGGUCAACAUAUCAACAAGUUAAUUUUUUACUGGAAACUGGUUAUAAUAUUUUCUCGGCUUCAACACAUAUUUUCAUUUGUUUUAAGAAAAGGUUUUUAAAAGCUCAAUAACAGGCAUAAAUUAAUAAAUAUGUUUUUAAUUAAUUUUCUGUUGAUUUGUGAUAUAAAUCCAUUGGAAGCUUUUUGUAAACCAUUAGAAGAUACUAAUAAAAAUGUGUAAUGCUUUAAUAAGUGUGUUGAUUUAUCAGAUGUGGCAUUAUGAAAUAAAAGUCCAAUGAAAUAAAUAAAAGUAGUCCUUUGAAAAACAUUUUUUAAAUAAAACCCAUUUAUUUAUUUCAUAUUGACUAAAAUGGCAUUCCAUGCACCAGAAUAUUAAUAUAGUAUGAUUAUGUAAUUAUACUUAGUUGUCUGUAUUAUUAUGUAUAUAUACAUUAAUAUGUAUAGUAAUAAAUGCAUUUUGCUGA